CUCGUUGUCAUUCGGCUCCACAGCUGUGAACAGAGUGUGUCUGACACGAGGACUUUCAACUCAAAGAUCAGAGACGAUGGGAGACUGGGGUUUUCUGUCCAAGCUGCUGGAUAAGGUCCAGUCCCACUCCACCGUGGUGGGGAAGGUCUGGCUCAGCGUGCUCUUCAUCUUCAGGAUCAUGAUCCUCGGAGCCGGAGCAGAAAAGGUUUGGGGUGACGAACAGUCCAACAUGAUCUGCAACACCAAGCAGCCCGGCUGUAAGAACGUCUGCUACGACCACGCCUUCCCAAUCUCGCACAUCCGAUUCUGGGUUCUCCAGAUCAUCUUCGUCUCCACGCCGACGCUCAUCUACUUCGGUCACGUCGCCCACGUCGUCCACAAAGAAAAUAAACUGAGAGAACGAAUGCAGAAGAGCUCCGGGAGCGAAAUCGUCAAAGCCCCCAAAUACUCUGACGAAAAAGGCCACGUGCAGAUUAAAGGCGGCCUGCUGGGGAACUACAUGACCUCCAUAUUUUUCAGAAUCAUCAUCGAGGUGGGGUUCAUCGUGGGGCAGUAUUAUCUGUACGGGUUCAUCAUGGAUCCGAGAGUCGUCUGCUCCCGAGCUCCCUGUCCCUUCACCGUCGAGUGCUACAUGUCUCGACCCACCGAGAAGACCAUCUUCAUCAUCUUCAUGCUCGUGGUCGGGUGCGUCUCUGUUCUGCUCAACGUGGUGGAGAUCUUCUACCUGCUGUACAGCCGCUCAGCCAGAAGAAAGUCUAAAGCGGUGCCAGAGGCGGCGAUUACUCUUCAUCCUCGCCUCAACGGUGGCAGUCUGAUGAAAAAUGAGAAGUUUGGCCUCCAUGACAGCAGUCACAGUCAAAGUCACGCCUGAGGAUCAUUUAAAUAAAACAAUGACUAAUGGAGCUAAAUCCUGAGAGCAGCCUCUUACUAUUCUGCUAAACCACGGCCCACAUGUGUAAAACUUAAGUUAUUUAUUUAUUUGACACUUAAAACUUCCUGAAAAUUACACAAAUUUGAGGACACACAUGUAGACAGCUUAUGAAUAAUCGUGUUCAAAUAUUUAAAAAUGCACAAUUUGCCGGGGUGUUACUAAAGCACACUUAUAAAGUUUGUUAAGGAAAAAAGUAAUUGUGUGUCUCUGGCUGUGUCUGAAAUAAUAAUGCUCUACAUUUACCCUCCACCAUUUUAUUUGAGCGUGUAAACAUCUCCACACAUUUUGCCCUCAAAUAUUCCACCAUGGAGAGAAAAAAGUGUUCAUUAUACAGGAAAUAGUGAAGAGUGAAUAAGGGAGUGAAUUCAGACACAGACUUUGUAUUUUGUACUUAAACCUGCAGUGGAAAACCUUUGUCUCUCCCUGCUGCAGACCCCCGACCCUUUUUACAUGAACUGGUGCGGUUGGCGUGAACUAAGGGCAGCGACAGAACAAUCACUGCCGAUUAAAGUAAAACACAUCACUACCUGUGAGGGAAACUCACCACAGACACCAGAUAUAAUAACUCUGUAUACUCUAAAAUACAGAGAGACUUACCUGGUGGUGUUUAAUCAGCAUUGUAUGAACUCAUUUGGCUUGAAUGUAAUUUAGAUUAUAUUUAUAUGUAAAAGUCCCACACUUCCACUGUAAUACCACAUGAGCCACUUUUGAAUAUUGGCGCCCCCAAGUGGUAGAUUGUCACUAAUGUUAUCUUUGUACAAAUGUGUAAAAGUCAUUUUAUAAAGUGUGUAAGUACAGUGUUACGUUACUUAUUACAUCACUUAUUUAAAAUUACAGCAUGGCGUUUAUAUCUGUAAAUAUUUUGAUUAUUAAUCAAUAAAGUUUUUUUCUGUGUUUUAUAUUUUAAAAUAACUGUAUAUGUUGUUUUUUGUAAUUCACUGAAAACAUAAUAAAAUUAUUUUUUAAAAGCA